GAGCAGGCUUUGGUCGGUGCUGUAGUUACUCAGUCAGUGUCCUCUCCUAUCCAACUUGACCUGACCUGCUCUAAUCCACGGACUCAGUUUUUUCUUUUGGCUUUGGUCGACAAGGGCUCGACCGAUUACUUCAUCCCUCUGCUGUCCGAACCUGGGAAUUAAGAAUACUGCGUUGAGAGGUGUGUAGGGGGAAAGAAAACACCCCAAACAUUGAGGGAGGACUCUGUGGAUGAGAAGCUGUUCACUGGAAGAGAGAGAGAGGCAAAUCACAUCUCACUCCAGCUACCCUGCACCGGGCAGGCAGUCUUUACGCACAGCCAAGGAUCCGACCGGGGACAGGGAGCCCGUCUGUCUGGUCUGUCUGUCUGUUUUUCUGUCUGUCUGUCUGUUUUUCUGUCUGUCUGUCUGUCACCACCAUGUCAGGGGCAACAGCCUCCAUAGCAGAUGUGUCCAGGACUGUUUUUACCAACAAAGAUGACCGGAGGAAGUCAGGUCACACCCAGGCUCAGUGCACACCCAGGCCCCUGCCGGCCCUGGGCACCCAGAGGAUCAUCCAGGGCAAUGGCACCACCGUGGGCACAGUCAUUUCCCUGCAGUGCCCAGACAAACACAAGCUGGUAGGAAGGGAGCUGAUGUGCGUCAUGGACACCAACAGCACCCACUGGGUGGGGAACACCUACUGUAAACCUGUGUCUCCCUUUGAGGACUACGGUUUCCGCGUGGCCGUGCUGGCGUCCAUCGUAAGCUCGGCCAUAAUCUUCUUCAUGUCCGUGGCCUUCAUCACCUGCUGUUUGCUCGACUGCAUCAAAGACGACGAAAGGAAGCAGAAUGAGAGGGAGUCAGAAAUGUGGCAGUGGGAGGAGCAGGCCCAACAACAGGGGGACAACAGGUCUCGCUACAGCCAUAAAGGCAGGAACAACAACAACAACAACACCCAGGAGAAAGUGCAGUCCCUGUGGAACACCGGGAACCCGGCCGUGAGUGACAACGUGCAAGCCUGCAGAUGUCAUCAGCAGUACGAGUACGGUCCCGCCUGCACAUACGGCCCGAAUCCUUCGCUGUCUACUCUCCCCGGCUUUGACUACAACCAGCCUCUCUUACCCAGAAACCCAGGAUCUGCACAGAUCUCUGGUCAGCCUGACUACAACGGACCUCCUCGGUCCUGUCAAACUACAAACCCAGGCCUGCUCCAGGUCUCGGCGGCCCAGCCCGGGUCGGUGUGGCAGUAUGGAGGACAGCAGAGCGGCUUUUUAGGCGUAAACCCAUCAACCACAGAUGAGUCCAGCACGAGGAUCGUGAAGCCUGCCAAAGAAUUUUCCAUUCGGAUAAUAUCUGUGUGAGGACCCAUAACACAGGAGGGGAAAGAACACCAGUCAAGAACUUGUUUACUGACCAAAUAUGUCGGUCUGUAGGAUGAGGACUACGGGAAGAAAAAACGGAGCAUUCCUGAUAUUGUUGAAAUGAUAAUGUCUGCAGUUCUGCACAGUAUGAAGGCUCUAUAGGCAUACUGAUGUGAUGGACGUAUGUGCCUUUUGUUAACUGUAAUGGCACACUGCCCUCUGUCUGCAAAGGGAAGCCAUUGCACUUUCAGUACACCGGCCUUGUUAGAUGACACUCCUUGUAAUUAGAAGGUCCAGGGACCUCCAUGCCCUCAGUUGAGCUUUUCAGAAACCUAUCAAAUUGUUGUGUUAAUAAGCUGUUUAAUGGGAGGUACGUUGUAAGCACUUGAGGAAGUCGUCUGGACAGUCUACAUUGUUGGUUGAGAAGAGAAGCUGGAAAGCACCAGCCAGUAUGUAAAUAUAAUUUUUUUAAGAAUGUAAAUUAAUAAAUAAAGACUUAA